AUGGGCUGCACUUAAUAAAAAAUAUCAUCUCCGGCCAGGUACAGAAGCAAUGAAAGCCUCACUAAUGAACAACCUGACACCAUGUAAACUAACUAGGUUAUAGUCAUCCAAUAAUUGAACUAAAAAUAACUAUAAUAAAAGAUUAACUAGGGAAGGUAUAACAUUCUCCAAAGGGUUAUACUUCGGAAAGAUAUAUGUAAAUAUUAUAAAUCAUAAACAUAGUGAAUAGUACCAUUAUGAUCAGGAGGUAAAGAAAUCAAGAAAAUUUACUUUCUGAAAAACUGUAUGUGACUAGCUCUAAUGGCUGUAAUUGA